UUUUAUGUCAUUUAACUAAAGACAUCAGCCAAACGAAAAAAAAUUAUCGUCGAGAACACCGGCUUUUAUUUGUUUUAAAGUUUGCAGAAUUGUUGUCACAGAAACCGGCGGGGCCGUUUUUCCUGAACAUCGCAAUUAGGGAAUUGCUAAAAAAUGUCAGAUGAAGUGUCCAAGGCUGCGGAAGCAGAUCCUACAGCCGAUACAAUUUUCGGAAAAAUUUUGCGAAAAGAAAUUCCCUGUAAUUUCAUUUACGAGGACGACAAGUGCGUAGCUUUCCAUGACAUCAACGCACAAGCUCCGGUUCAUUUUCUCGUCAUUCCACGGAAGAAUAUCGCUCAACUAUCUAAGGCUUCCGAUGACGAUGCUGAAUUGCUUGGACACUUGAUGCUAGUGGGACGGAAAGUUGCAAAGGAACAGGGACUGGAUAAUGGAUUUCGCGUUGUCAUCAAUGACGGAUUGGAUGGUGCCCAAUCGGUUUAUCAUUUGCAUUUGCAUUUCCUAGGCAAACGACAAAUGCAAUGGCCACCUGGUUAAUGCCCACGGCUUUUUUUUCUCCAACCGAUCAAUUGUCGAAAAAUAAAAUGAACUCAGAACCGAAACAA